CGACGCACCUCAGUCCGCGUGCCCUGCCAACUGCCAUACUUUCCCCCUCGCCCCCGAGGUCCUGGCUGCACCAAGCUUCCUCUAGCUUUCUAGCCUUCCCCACCGAGCACCACGACGACCGACGCGAGCAUGAGCUGCCGCAUUUGUACCACAACAACUCUUUAAGCAGCAAGACCAGCACAAACAACACCAACGGCAAAAUGUCUCCGUCCUUCUCCCCCUCUCCGCCCAUGUCUCCACCACCUCCGCCCCGCCCGACUAUACCUCCCGCUCCCGUGACAGCCAGCGUGCACGCGUCAACCGUGCGCCUGAAGCAGACGCGUGCAUUGCCAGAUGCGAUGCUUCUGCUGCGACGGCGCGAGAAGCAGCUCCAUGCGGAAUUGCAAGACUUGCUGGACGCACAGGAAGAGGCACUGAGCCGGGAGUCAAUCGGCGGCGAUGCAGGGCGAGAAGGAGACGAUAUGGGGCUGAGCAGUGGGAGCCUCACGCCUACUGUACAGAGCUUAACGGGAAGCAAAGGCAACGCCUUAGAGCAGCAGCAGCAAUCUCGCCGUAGCCGCAAUCGCAAUAUUGGAAUUGGCAGCGCCAGAAAAGGAAUCCGGAAGGCUAUGCGGCAGCUGGCGGCCGUGAAGGAUGAAGAGGGAUAUUUGCUCGAUGCAAACAAAACGAAGAACAACGCGGUACUGGAGAAGCUAGCUACGUGGGAGGAGCAGAGAGGAGGGUUGGAGAAGCAGAUACACGACAUUGAGGAAUAUGGCAAUGAGGGGUCCAGAACCGACGCCCUUAGAGAGGAAGCACACACGCUGGAAGGCGAGAUCCAGGAGCUCGAGCAGAAGCUACGCGACAUGAAGACCAGACACCGCAGCCUGGUGACGGAGAUCAGCGACAUCGAGAACGCAGUGCAGUCGAAACUGUCCUCGUACAAGACGUCCCUAUCCCUCCUCGAAUCGGACAUCAACACGUUCCUUCAAAGCAAGCGGCCGCGCUCCCCCGACGCGGGCACCACCCCCGAGGCCGCCCCCUUCUACAGUGUGCACCCGAAACGACGCACGCUCAGCAUGGCAAAAGAGCACUUCCAAGACGCACUAACGACGCUGUCAACGCAACAAACAGCCAUCGAGACCGAGCGGGCAGCGCUGGACGAAGGCGCGCUGAUCUGGACCGAGAUCGUGCGCACAGUCAGUGACUUUGAGCGCAAGAUAGCAGCGGCGACGCAGGCGCACGCGGCCGACGCGCUCGCCGAGGCAAGGCUCCUCCUCGCGGAGCUGGAGCGCACGAUUGCAGCCGUGGACGCGCGCCACGAGGCCGCGCAGGACAAGGGCUGGACGCUGCUCGUGUGCUGCAUUGGCGCGGAGUUGAGCGCGCUGCACCAGGGGCGGGGCAUCCUGGAGGGGAUGCUGAAGGCGGCAGGAGGAGGAGGAAGAGGGGGAGGAGGCGAGGCAGGAGACGGCGAAGACGGCAAGGCGCUGCAGGAGCGCGAC